UAAAAGAGCUCUAGUGCCAAAGAACUUUUAGGGCUUUUCUAUGUUUUAGGGUUCUUCUCUUCUCUUCACGCCAUGGCGCCAGCGGCAGACAUCGACGAUGAUAUCCUCAAGGAAAAGAAUCCCCCGCCGCUCGACGAGGACGACAUCGCGCUGCUCAAGACUUAUGGUCUUGGCCCCUACGCUACCUCCACGAAAAAGGUCGAGAAGGAGAUCAAGGAACUCGCGAAAAAAGUGAACGAUCUAUGCGGGAUCAAGGAGUCCGACACUGGUCUAGCAGCUCCUAGCCAGUGGGAUCUGGUGUCUGAUAAGCAAAUGAUGCAAGAAGAGCAGCCACUGCAAGUUGCUCGUUGCACCAAGAUCAUCAAUCCAGGCGCGGACGAUUCAAAGUACGUGAUCAACGUGAAACAAAUAGCAAAAUUUGUCGUGGGUCUUGGAGAUAAGGUGUCUCCCACAGAUAUCGAGGAGGGAAUGCGCGUCGGUGUUGAUAGGAACAAAUAUCAGAUCCAAAUACCUUUGCCCCCUAAGAUUGAUCCGAGCGUCACUAUGAUGACGGUGGAGGAGAAGCCCGAUGUAACUUACAAUGACAUCGGCGGUUGCAAGGAGCAAAUCGAGAAAAUGCGGGAGGUUGUAGAGCUUCCUAUGCUCCACCCUGAAAAGUUUAUCAAGCUUGGAAUCGAUCCUCCCAAAGGAGUUCUUUGCUACGGCCCUCCGGGAACUGGGAAAACGCUACUCGCUCGUGCAGUGGCCAAUCGUACAGAUGCCUGCUUCAUUCGAGUUAUUGGCAGCGAGCUCGUCCAGAAGUACGUUGGUGAAGGAGCUCGAAUGGUGCGCGAGUUAUUCCAGAUGGCCCGAUCAAAGAAAGCUUGCAUUGUUUUCUUUGACGAAGUCGAUGCCAUUGGUGGUGCCAGAUUCGACGACGGCAUUGGUGGCGACAACGAAGUGCAAAGGACGAUGCUCGAGAUUGUCAAUCAGCUGGAUGGUUUUGAUGCUCGUGGGAACAUUAAAGUUUUGAUGGCCACGAACAGGCCUGACACUCUGGACCCGGCACUCCUCCGUCCCGGACGCCUCGAUCGCAAGGUGGAGUUCGGACUCCCAGACCUCGACAGCAGAACUCAGAUCUUCAAGAUCCACACCAGAACCAUGAACUGCGAGCGCGACAUCCGAUUCGAGUUGCUAGCUCGCUUAUGCCCAAACUCGACCGGCGCUGAUAUCAGGAGCGUUUGCACUGAAGCCGGCAUGUACGCGAUCCGAGCUCGCAGGAAAACAGUGACGGAGAAAGAUUUCCUCGAGGCCGUGAACAAAGUGAUCAAAGGCUACCAAAAGUUUAGCGCUACUCCAAAAUACAUGGUGUACAACUAGAACGCAUCCUGGCCGUUGAAAUGUUUGAAAGAGCGCGCGGCGCCAUUUAUCUGCUUAUCAUAUGCGUGUGGUUGGCUCGGGCA